AUGACGCAGCUGAUUGACCUGCCGCUCGAGACCCUUCACCAUAUCGCUUGGCAACUAUCGUCGCGGUAUAGAGAGUCAGCACAAGAUGUGCAACAAGAGUUCCAGGAUGGCCUGACCUUUGCCCGGCAUUCAGAAAAAUUGACAGCCCUGUCUCGACUAUCACGAACGUGCAGACAUUUGAGAGACAUAGUACAGCCGAUUCUCUUCCACAGCGUGUUUGAUACGGAACAGACUUGCGUCUCUCUCAUCACCACCCUGAACAAACGGCCUGAUCUUGCCAAUGCCGUGGCCGAGUUGCAGGUACAGGGAAAAGGUGUAUCCGAUGACUGUGAUCCAGCUACAACUGAGCCAUCAAAAGAACAGUCCAUGUUGAUUGAGUUACUAUCGCGGCAUUUCCAGACCGAGACGCAGCAACCACCUUCACUAAAUGGCGACGAGUCUACAACCAAAGUCAACCCCUACGCCGCGCUACUUAUUGCCCUGACCCCCAAUGUCAAGAGGCUGCAUGUUGAAGUUGGCUAUUGGGGCCUCCCGACAUACCAGCCAGGCUCACUGCGCUGUCUCAAAGAGCUGUCACUAGCACACCAAGACACUGAGCUCGGUUUCGACCUGGCCGACUUUUACGGCGUUGUUCAAGCUGCGCCUGCAUUGGAAACACUCGGAUGCCACAUGAUUGCCAACGUCUCAAGUACACUCGUGCAUGAAAAUUUGACGAGUCUCCAAAUCCAAUAUAGCUGUCUCACCAACGAGAACCUCCAACGUUUGGUGACGGAACUUCCGAAACUGGAGCGCUUCUCAUACAGCUCUGCUGGCGCGGUGGUCAAUGACGAGCCGGAAGCGACGCCCAGAGAAAUAUUCGAGGCUAUACGUCUGAGAAGCAGCACUCUCAAGCACCUACACGUAGACCUGCAACUGGCCGUGUACAUGGAGGAGCCGGGCGAGCGGGACAUUAUUCCCAGCUUGGCAUGUAUGCAAGCGCUGCAGACGUUGGAGAUUUCGGCGUUGGCACUGGCCGUGGACGGUGAAGCGACGGACGGAAAUGUCCUGACUAAUGCUUUGCCGUCGAGUAUUCGUAGCUUUACGCUGCUUGAUCCGCAUGGCUGUAUGACUGAAGAUAUCAGCCGACUCGCAGAGGCGGAGCGGUUUCCUCUUUUGAAAGAGGUUAGCUUUUAUCAUCCGUCGAAUCAGCCUUUGGAGAUUGCGACGGAGCCGUUUGUGUCGAGGGGUAUUCGCUGUUCUAAUAAGGGGCCGUUUUCUUGGUAA